AUGUCUCGCCCUUCCAAACCUCAUCUCCUCCUCCUCCUCCUCCCAUCUCUAAUCAUGUUUCCACCCCCUUCACAUCAAACCCAAUACCCUCGCCUAAUUGACCGCAUCGUAAGAGACUCCGCCUUCCAAUCCUACCGCACCAAGCACCACAAGAAGACGGCCAUCCCACCAAGCCUCUCCGGAGUCGCCGCAGAAACCGUUCGGUACCGAGCUGGCAGCCUUAAAAGAUACGGAGCAGCCAUCAGAGAAUUCCGGGUCCCCCCUGGUGUCUUCGUUCACCCCUACGUCGAAAGGCUCAUUGUUGUGCGCCAAAACUUGGGCAACCUCUCCUCUAUUUAUAGCGGCCACGGAAAUAUAUCUGGCUUCCAGCUCGUCUCUCCUGUCCUGGGCCUUCUCUUCUACAAUGCAACCAGUCUCCAUAGCUCUUCCUCCAAGAACUUAUCCGAGCUCAAGGUCUUGGUUGCUAGAAAAUCCAUUACAAUAAAUUUUUCCCGAGUUGUCGGAGACUUGCGGCGUCUGAGACCACUCUGUGCAGUGUUUAAGUUGGAUGGCAAUGUAAGCUUAUCGAAUCAAACGGCGAGUAACAUCUGUGUCUCACGGGAGCAAGGCCACUUUGCUCUGGUGGUGGAGUCUAGUAAGAGUACCGAUGGUGUAGAGAAGGAGGUGAAAGUGAGUAAAUGGAAGGUUGUGGUGGUGAGUGUAGCGGCGGGUGUCUUCGGAGCUGUGCUUCUGGGGUUGAUCGUGGUGGCGGUGGCGAGUGCGAGGAGGAAGAGGUAUCAGAAGGAGGAGAUGGAGCGGAGGGCAUACGAGGAGGAGGCGCUGCAGAUCUCCAUGGUAGGGCAUGUGAGGACGCCCGCUGCCGCGGUGGUCCGGACCGUGCCCACGCUGGAGAACAACUAG